AUGCGGACUCCCAGGGCCCAGCAUCCGCCGCCUCCCCAGCUGCUGUUCCUAAUUCUGCUGAGCUGUCCCUGGAUUCAGGGUCUGCCCCUGAAGGAGGAGGAGGCACUGCCGGAGCCUGGAAAUGAGACCCCCACCGUAGCCCCUGAGGCCUUGGCGGAGCUGCUCCAUGGGGCCCUGCUGAGGAGAGGCCCAGAAAUGGGCUACCUGCCGGGAUCUGAUCCAGACCCCACACUCGCCACCCCUCCAGCCGGCCAGACUCUUGCAGCACCCUCCCUGCCACGGGCCACUGAGCCGGGCACAGGGCCUCUGACAACAGCCGUAACCCCUAAGGGGGGCAGGGGGGCAGGCCCCACCGCGCCGGAGCUGCUGACCCCGCCCCCAGGAACUACGACCCCGCCCCUUCCCGGUCCCGCCUCCCCAGGCCCGCCCCUCGGGCCUGAGGGAGGAGAGGAGGAGACCACGACCACCAUCAUCACCACGACAACUGUCACCACGACGGUGACCAGCCCAGUUCUGUGUAAUAACAACAUCUCCGAAGGUGAAGGGCACGUGGAGUCUCCAGAUUUAGGGAGCGCGGCCAGCCGCACCUUGGGGCUCCUGGACUGCACGUACAGCAUCCAUGUCUACCCUGGCUACGGCAUUGAGAUCCAGGUGCAGACGCUGAACCUGUCUCGGGAGGAGGAACUCCUGGUGCUGGCUGGUGGGGGGUCCCCAGGCCUGGCCCCCCGACUCCUGGCUAAUUCCUCCAUGCUGGGAGAAGGACAGGUCCUUCGGAGUCCAACCAACAGGCUGCUCCUGCACUUCCAGAGCCCACGGGUCCCAAGGGGUGGUGGCUUCAGGAUCCACUAUCAGGCCUACCUCUUGAGCUGCGGCUUCCCUCCCCGGCCAGCCCAUGGGGAUGUGAGUGUGACAGACCUUCACCCUGGAGGCACUGCCACCUUCCACUGUGAUUCGGGCUACCAGCUGCAGGGUGAGGAGACCCUCAUCUGCCUCAAUGGUACCCGGCCAGCCUGGAGCAGUGAACCCCCCAGCUGCAUGGCAUCCUGUGGUGGCACCAUCCACAAUGCUACACUUGGCCGCAUCGUGUCCCCUGAGCCUGGGGGAGCUGCAGGGCCCAACCUCACCUGCCGUUGGGUCAUCGAAGCAGCUGAGGGACGCCGGCUGCACCUGCACUUUGAGAGAGUCUCCCUGGAUGAGGACAAUGACCGGUUGAUGGUGCGCUCAGGGGGCAGUCCCCUAUCCCCGGUGAUCUAUGACUCGGACAUGGAUGAUGUCCCAGAGCGGGGUCUCAUCAGUGAUGCCCAGUCCCUCUAUGUGGAGCUGCUUUCAGAGACACCUGCCAAUCCCCUGCUGCUAAGCCUCCGAUUUGAAGCCUUUGAGGAAGAUCGCUGCUUUGCCCCCUUCCUGGCACAUGGCAAUGUCACCACCACGGACCCUGAGUACCGCCCAGGGGCACUGGCCACCUUCUCGUGCCUCCCAGGAUAUGCCCUGGAGCCCCCUGGCCCCCCCAAUGCCAUCGAAUGUGUGGAUCCCACAGAACCCCACUGGAACGACACAGAGCCAGCCUGCAAGGCCAUGUGUGGAGGGGAGCUGUCAGAGCCAGCUGGUGUGGUCCUCUCUCCGGAUUGGCCCCAGAGCUAUAGCCCCGGCCAAGAUUGCGUGUGGGGUCUGCAUGUCCAGGAAGAGAAGCGCAUCUUGCUCCAAGUUGAGAUCUUGAAUGUGCGCGAAGGGGAUAUGCUGACGCUGUUCGACGGGGACGGUCCCAGCGCCCGAGUCCUGGCCCAGCUGCGAGGGCCUCAACCGCGCCGCCGCCUCCUCUCCUCUGGGCCCGACCUCACGCUGCAGUUCCAGGCACCGCCCGGACCCCCAAACCCGGGCCUGGGCCAGGGUUUCGUGUUGCACUUCAAAGAGGUCCCGAGAAACGACACGUGCCCCGAGCUGCCGCCCCCGGAAUGGGGCUGGAGGACGGCUUCCCACGGGGACCUGAUCCGGGGCACUGUGCUUACUUAUCAGUGCGAGCCUGGCUAUGAGCUGCUUGGGUCGGACAUUCUCACCUGCCAGUGGGACCUGUCCUGGAGCGCAGCGCCACCCGCCUGCCAAAAGAUCAUGACUUGUGCCGAUCCUGGUGAGAUCACCAACGGGCACCGCACCACCUCAGAUGCCGGCUUUCCUGUUGGCUCCCACGUCCAGUACCGCUGUCUGCCGGGGUACAGCCUGGAGGGGGCGGCCGUGCUUACCUGCUACAGCCGGGACACGGGCACACCCAAGUGGAGCGACCGGGUCCCCAAGUGCGCCUUGAAGUAUGAGCCGUGCCUGAACCCCGGGGUGCCAGAGAAUGGCUAUCAGACAUUGUACAAGCAUCACUACCAGGCUGGCGAGUCUCUGCGCUUCUUCUGCUAUGAGGGUUUUGAGCUCAUUGGCGAGGUCACCAUCACCUGUGUGCCCGGCCACCCCUCACAGUGGACCAGCCAGCCCCCACUCUGCAAAGUGGCCUAUGAGGAGCUCCUGGACAACCGAAAACUGGAAGUGACCCAGACCACAGACCCGUCACGGCAGCUAGAGGGUGGGAACCUCGCCUUGGCCAUUCUGCUGCCCCUAGGCUUGGUCAUCGUCCUCGGCAGUGGCGUUUACAUAUACUACACCAAGCUACAGGGAAAAUCCCUCUUCGGCUUCUCAGGCUCCCAUUCCUACAGCCCCAUCACGGUGGAGUCAGACUUCAGCAAUCCACUGUAUGAAGCUGGGGAUACACGAGAGUAUGAAGUUUCCAUCUGA